AUGGCAUCGAAAUUCCAACUUUUCUUGUUUCUUUCACUUUCAUGUGCCAUUCUACAGAAAACAACGGCGGGAGACCCCGACAUUCUCACAGACUUCAUUCCGCCACCAAUUUCCUUCGGCCCACUUGGCGGCAGCUACUUCACAUUCACUGGAAUGAGAACCCUAGUCGGUGCACCAUUUCCAACUACAUUCAAGGUGACAAAAGCUGCCAUGGCCGAGUUCCCAGCUCUCAACGGUCAAAGUGUUUCCUACGCUGUCCUCCAGUUCCCUAGCAACACAGUCAACCCACCACACACCCACCCACGGGCCUCCGAGCUCUUGUUUGUGCUCAUGGGUUCAUUAGAUGUUGGGUUUGUUGACACAACUAAUAAACUGUUUACUCAAAAGUUGCAACAAGGUGACAUCUUUGUGUUCCCCAAGGGACUUGUCCACUUUCAGUUUAAUAGUGAUGCUAAGUCACCUGCUUUGGCGGUGUCUGCCUUUGGAAGUGCAAACGCGGGGACGGUUUCGGUCCCAAAUUCGGUCUUUAAUUCGACUAUUUGUGAUGAAGUGUUGGCUAAGUCAUUUAAAACUGAUAUUGCGACGAUUCAGAAGAUCAAAUUAGGGCUUGCGGGCAAAUAG